UAGAUGUUUAUAGCAUCGAGAAGGAUAAUUGAGUUUGAAUACGAUUUGAAAAUGGAAAAACAAGGAGAAGCUCUCUGGAGGACAAUGUAAUCGUGUGGAAGAUCAUAACAGUGAGGAAGACUGACAAAUAUGUGAAGAUCACCCGAGACUUUUGCGUUCAUAAGUGCAUUAUUUCUCGUGUGCGUAUUAUACAUAUAUGAAGAUGUUAGCAUAUACAAGCAGCAUGAGUACGUAGAUGCGUGAUAGGUAGUUAUCCAAUUGACAGUGCCCCCGUCUGACAUAGUUCAGUCACUGGCGAACUCAGGAUCAUCUGACAUCUCUUAGUAUCAAGUUGUUACCAAAUUUCAGUGCUUUUACUAAUUAUUUACCAUGACAAACAAUACUUGUCAUUAAUUUUUAUGAGAAAAAUUUGAAAUUUUCUUUGAUAAAUUAGUGAUCAAAUUCAUCGUCAAGCUGUUUAGUAAAUUGACAGAAGUCAAUAUCCUUAAAUUAUCGAAAAGUUUUGUAUACAGUUCAUGUUGUGAGAUUUAUUUAUAUAUUUAAAAGCACACGUUGUUUGUGAAUAAACAAUUGUAAAUGUGGAUAAAAAAAAAUAAACCAAAUGUUAUUAUUUAUAUAUUGAAGCAAACUUAUAAAAGCAAUUAUUUCAGUUGUGAUUGCAGACUGUGAAAUAUUCUUUUGAUGACAGUGGAACAUGGAGGUUUUAAGUUUUUCGGACAAUUACGAUUGAAAUGUGUAUAAACAAUGCUCGAAAUGCCUGCUGAUUUUUAUUCAAAUUUAACUUCCAAAUCUUCACCUAGAAGACUUGUAAGCAAAAUGAGACAACGUAAGAAUGGAGAAUUGACCUCAAAAGAUCCUGUCUCUUCAGUGUCGGAAGAGCAACUUAAGUUUCAAGACGCAAGGUUUUUUACAAACUUUGUCCUUGGUAGGAGUAGGAUCAUCUCGCCAGACGUGAUACCGUCUUGUUCACCGGGUAUAUUUCGACAGAAGUCAUUCCGUUCUUCAUCGACUACGACAAAGACAGUGAAUGAAACACCUGUCUCUAGUAAUCAGUAUAGUUGUAUUGGACCAAAUAAACAGAGUAGCAGCAACGUAACGACCAACAAUCACACUUACCCCAACAAUUCAUCACCAAGUGGAGGAGGAGGUAUUCUUCAUUGGGGUAUUCGUAGCACUGGCAAGCACACACGUCUUGGCACGGUCCUGGCCAAUAAAAUGGCGUCUGCGAGCUCGACAGCGGUUGUUCAGGGCUGGCCCAAUACCAAAGACGAUUAUGAAUUAAAAGAGGUUAUAGGUGUUGGAGCAACUGCAGUAGUUCAUGCAGCCUUUUGUAUUCCUCGUCAAGAAAAAUGUGCCAUAAAACGCAUAAACUUGGAAAAAUGGAAUACCAGUAUGGACGAACUGUUGAAAGAAAUCCAGGCUAUGUCCUCAUGCAAUCACGAGAAUGUAGUAACAUAUUAUACUUCAUUCGUCGUAAAAGAAGAAUUGUGGCUCGUUUUGAGACUGUUAGAAGGCGGAUCACUUCUUGAUAUCAUCAAACAUAAAACCAGGACAACUAAUUGUAAACAUGGGGUUUUUGAUGAAGCUACAAUUGCUACAGUACUUCGAGAAGUGCUCAAAGGCCUGGAAUACUUUCAUAGUAACGGACAAAUUCAUAGGGAUAUAAAGGCUGGUAAUAUUCUUCUGGGUGAAGAUGGAACUGUUCAAAUAGCAGACUUCGGAGUAAGUGCCUGGUUAGCGACAGGACGAGACUUGAGUAGACAAAAAGUACGGCAUACUUUUGUGGGUACACCCUGCUGGAUGGCACCUGAAGUCAUGGAGCAGGUGAGAGAGGAUCACGGAUAUGAUUUUAAAGCUGACAUAUGGUCGUUGGGUAUUACUGCAAUCGAAAUGGCAAGUGGUACUGCUCCUUAUCAUAAAUACCCCCCAAUGAAGGUAUUAAUGCUUACGUUACAAAACGAUCCGCCGACAUUAGAUACAGCGGCAGAUGAAAAAGAUCAAUACAAAGCUUAUGGAAAAACAUUUCGUAAAAUGAUUGUAGACUGUUUACAAAAAGAUCCUACAAAAAGGCCGACCGCAACAGAACUUUUAAAACAUCCGUUUUUCAAAAAAGCCAAAGAUAAAAAAUAUUUGCAACAAACCUUAGUUGCGAUCGGCCCUAGCCUUGAAACUAGAGUGCAAAAGGCAUCGAAACGUCAACCUGGAACGUCGGGACGUUUACAUAGAACAGUUACUGGCGAAUGGGUCUGGUCGUCAGAAGAGGAAGAUAGCGGUGCAUCGAGUGGAGAUGAAGGCAAGGAGGCAUUACCUGUUAAUACAAUUGAAAAUGUAAGCAGUGAAGAGGAAGCUGGUGAUCAAGAUGACUUAGAUUGUCAAGUUAAAUCAGCAAUGAGUCGAGUUGCUAUACAGUCGGCUGAGCAAAAUAUUCCAAUUAAUUUAGUUCUCAGAUUACGCAAUCAAAAAAGAGAACUAAAUGACAUUAGAUUUGAAUUUGCUGUGGGUAUUGAUUCUGCUGAAGGCAUUGCAGCCGAACUAGUUGGAGCUGGUCUAGUCGACGGUAAAGACAUCGUUGUAAUCGCUGCAAAUUUGCAGAAACUUAUAGACAGCGCUGGACAAUUACGAACUGUAACAUUUUCCUUAAAUUCCGCUACCAAUGAAGUACCCGAUGAUAAAGCGUUAGUAGGGUUUGCUCAGAUUUCAAUAACAGACUAAAUUAUUUUUUUUCCUUCAUUAUUUUAUCAAGAUUAUAUUCUGAAUACUCAGGAUAACUUUGUUACUUGCUAACAAUCAUAGAGAAAUAAGAAACAGGUAUCAAAAAAAACUUUUAUUUUUAACUGAAGUUUUAAAUUUGGUAUUAAAAAUAUUAUCAGUCGAUUCAAGUGUUUCAGACAGAAAAUGAUAAUUAAAAAAAGACUACUAGUGCAGCCGUAAAUUCGUGAUUUGAAUAGAACGACAUUCUGAAUAAGAUAUUAAUAGAAAUAAUGAAAUAUCAUGGAAAUUUAAUUACACGGGGUAAAAAAAAUUUAGAGUUCAUAGUUACUAUUGUAACGUUUAAUAAUAAGAACUGCUCAGAGAUGUAUUUUACAUUACUAUCAGCGUUUUUAAAUGUGUUUGAACACAUUUUAGUAAUUACAAAAACAAAUUUUAUGAUAAUGAAUAGCAAAAAGGGCGAAAACUACUCAUAAAGAUACAUUAUCCUGCAUUUGUAAAAAAUAAUUGAAUUAAUAUUAACAAAUUCAAUACGAAAAAAUGAAUUUGUUACAUAUAUUUUAAGUUAAUUUAUGUAAAUAUUAGUCAUUGAUUAUUGGUAUUUCUUCGAAUAAUUUACAAUAAAUUAAUGAGAGUGAAAAAUAUAAUAGAUGAAUGAAAUAAAUUACGAAUAAACAUAUUGGUAUAAGUAAUGAACAGAAAGAUUGGUACAUAGAAAGUAAUUUAAUUAUUUAUUUGUACUACGUAAAAAAAACUAAUUUUAUUUUGAAUAAUUUGAAUUAUUUGAGAUAGCUGAAAUUUGUCGGUACAGAGGGAAAAGAAUCGGAAAAAUAUUUUUCACGCUUUAAUGCCUUAGAAUAUAGAAAAAAGAAUGUUAAAAUAAAUUAAAAAUAAAUUCUUUUGUACUUAAUGAAAAAAAAAUAGAAAUAUUGAAGAUAAGUAUAUUCAUAGCUUCAAAGCUUGUAGAAGUGAUUUGUCAGUCGAAAAUUUUUAUCUUUACAUUUGUCUUUUAUGUAUUUAAAAAAUAGCCUUUAGAUUCACUGGGCCUCUCAACAGACAUUUUGACUACAACUUUUUAAAAUUUCAAUUUAAAUAUGCAAAAAUGACCGCUAAUAUUGACUCUUGAAGCAACAAAAGUCAUAUAUAUGAUGUUUAUUUAUUGUUAAUAAUUGUUUUUCAUCAAUUAUAUAAGCUGAGAAUAAUCAUGAUAUAAUAGCAUUGAAUUUAUAUAAAAGUUAAUAUUAUUUGACCUAACAAAUCCCCCAUAUUUUGAGGUGAGUGGUGCUACUUUUGAUGAUUCGCCUCAUUUAAUUAAUUGUUUUUUAAAAUAUCAUUUUACAUAAAUUUCAAUGUCUAUAAAUCAUUGAAGUAAUCAUUUUAGUUCUUUAAAAUGAAAAUUAUUAUCAAAUAUAUGUAUAAAAAGCAACGAGAUUUAUAUUUGAAAUUGUCAAUGAAAUAGUUAUUCAAUUAAGAUUAAAACAGUAAAUUAAUUGCACGCUUAAUUACUGUCAAUAUUAUAAAUCAUUACAAAAGUAAAGAUUUCAACAAUAUUUAUAAUAUGUAGGAUAGAAAUAAAAGAGAAUUAAGUAAUAAUUGAAUGGCACUAAUUUUAGUAUUGAAAAUCGGAAUAGAGAUGAGAAAAAAAUUUAUAAACAAAAUAAGCAUUCAUUUUCAAUUAACUAAUGAAGGUCGUUGCGAUAAUGUGAUGUGCCUUAGACCACUAUGAAACAACAAAAUAAUUUUGAUUUUUAAUCUGGUCAUUCUUUAAUAAAUGUAAUUGGAGACUUAUGUCAUUACGGUGGAAAUUCGUAUAAUGCAUUCAUUUAUUAUUAUAAUAUUAUAUUGCUGUCGUGCCAAAUUAAUUAACAUUGUGUAAAACUAUACAAAAAUUGUAUUGGAUAAAAAGAUAAAAAUAUGAUUAAAUAAUUAUUUAUUAAUAUCUAUUAAAUUCUAACUAUUUCAAUGCGCAGCGAUUAUUAUCAUGUACACUUGAACAAAGGAAAAUAUAAUUGUCCAGUGGUACUUAA